AUGGCCCAGCGGUUUCCUAGGGCCCUCGGCUUCCGAAAAGCCCAGGAGCUGUCCCAUUCCGGCAACGGAGGCCGAGGACAAACCCGCGGGCCGGCGGCCGGCCGCGCUCACCUAGCGGCGCCGCUCCAUCCGCCGCCGUCGCCGGGCACUGUCCCGCGGGUAAACAGCCUGGGUCUCCCGGGCAACCGCGCCGAGAUGGCCCCCACCCAUGGAAGCUUCUGGCAGUUUCAAAGGAUGGUCAAACACAUCACAGGGCAGAGAGCCUUCUUCUCAAAUUAUGGAUACGGCUGCUACUGCGGGCCUGGGGGCGUAGGGGUCCCCAUGGAUGACACUGCCAGGUGCUGCCUGGCCCCCAACUGCUGCUGCGAGAAACUGAAGCAGCUCAGCUGCCAGCUGGUGUUGAACGGCUACCGGUUCCGCGUGGCCAACGGGACCGUGGUCUCGAGCUCCCAGCUCUCCCCAACUUUAGAAUCAAACCCUGGGAGUGGAUGGAAGCCCCCUGUGACCCUCUGUCUCCCUUCAGUUGAAUGCGCCCUUGGUCCUGGUGUCGGCUGCCUCUGUGGGCUAAGAGCCUGCGAGUGUGACACGCAAUCCGCUUCAAAGAGAACCUGCCCAAACUUCAAGCGGUUCUUCUCCAGCUGGCCCCGCUGCGGCAGGAGCAAACUCCAAUGCUAGUGAGGCCGCGUGUCCCUGGUCGGUCUGGUCUGGGAUACUCCUUUGUCACUCAGCAUUAGAGGGCUGGAGAUCAACAGUGGAAAAGACAGAAUCCUGG